UCGUCGGCCCUGCUGCUCGAAAAUGAAUCGUCUCCUUCAUCCGCACGACCGCAUCGAGUGACAUACUGCUUCCCCACAUUAGUAUGGCCAACGAUUUCGAUUUCGCCAGUCUGACGCCGGAACAGCGGAAGGCGUUGUUGGACGGCCCGGCGCUGGCUCCCCCAGGAAACGUCCUGCCGCAAUUCGACAACCCUCCCAACAGGACCGCGCUGGGAGCGGGCUUGAUCAUUGCGUGUGCCAGUAUCUGCAUCAUCGUUGUUGCCAUUAGGAUCUACGCCAAGGCGUUUUGCUCUAGGAAGAUGGAUGUCGAGGACUACCUCACGCUCGCGGCGCUGGGCGCAUACGGCGGGUUCCUAUACUUUUCCUACGAGAUCUUGUCAAUGGCGGGACUGUACGUGAAUCAGUGGGACAUCAGGCUGAAGGAUCUCGCUGGAAUCAUAUACAACGUCAACAACUCGUACCUAAUCUACGGUAAUAUCAUCAUGCUCCUCAAAGCCGGGAUUCUCUUCCAAUGGGUGCACCUCUUCGUCCCCUGCAACGUGCGCAACCGGUUCUGGUGGAUCUGCCACAUGGCCAUUGUAGCAAACGUCCUGUUCUACGUGGCGUGCACCAUUGUGGAGAACUUCAGCUGCACGCCGCGCGAGAAGAUCUGGAACAAGAUGGUGCCGGGCCACUGCAUCAACAACCCGGCGUUGAUCAUGUCGAGCGGGAUCCUGAACCUGCUAUCGGAUAUCCUGAUUUUUGUGCUGCCGCAGAAAUUGAUCUGGGGACUGCGGAUUUCGACGCGCAAGCGCGUUGGGGUUGUUGUUAUUUUUGCUACGGGGGUUUUCGGCUGCAUCUGCGGCGCCUUCCGCCUAGAAACCACAAUCGUCGCCCUAAACUCGGACAACAUCAUCUACAUGGUCGGCCCAAUCGGGCUGUGGAGCCACGGCGAAAUCACCGCCGGGUUCCUCAUCCUCUGCGUGCCCUGCAUCCCAAAAGCGUUCAAGGGAACACGCAUCUUCGCGGGCUCGAGUAAGCUAGAUUCCAAGGAGAACUCGAGGCACGGGUUACCGUCGUGGUAUAGUCACAAAGCUGCCCAGAAGAAAAUCGACGAUGAUGAGGGGAGUGAGAUUGAUUUUGGGAAGACAUUUGAUAGCGUGCGGGUUGAUGGUGGGGAUGGAUAUGGAUAUGGAUAUGGAUAUGGUGAUGAAGGGAGGAAGGAGGUUAGGAGGACGGAUUCAGCGAAUUAA